AUGGAAGGAGAUAAUAGAAGGAAGGUCAAAGCAGAGGAAAAACCAAGUGUUCGUUAUAGAGGAGUAAGAAGACGGCCAUGGGGAAAAUUUGCAGCUGAAAUUCGUGACUCUAGUAAUUAUGGAGCUCGGUUGUGGUUGGGAACUUUCAACACAGCCGAAGAAGCGGCACGAGCUUACGAUAAAGCUGCUUUUUCCAUGAGGGGUCCCUUGGCCAUUCUUAACUUCCCAGACGAACACUUCUCAUUUAAUGUCAGUUCUUCUUCCUCUUCACCACUCUCUUCUUCUUCUUCCUCCUCCUCCUCUUCUUCUUCUUCAUCAGCAUCGUGCUCAUCAUCUUCUAAUUUAACAAUGUUUCAGAAAGUGGAAAGAAGUGGUGCUGAAACAGGGAAAGAAGUAUUUGAAAUUGAGUACUUGGAUGACCAGUUGUUGGAGGACCUUCUUAACUUUGAAGAAGACAAGACCAAGAAUGAAUGAAAUCACCAAUACGACGUCCAUAUGCAACCUCUACCAUCGAGUAAAUCGAAAAAAUAUAUUUUACUUACUAAGAAAGGUUGUUCGGUCAAAUGACGAAACAGACUAUUGAAUUUCGUCAUUAUGGCUUCUGUAGUUAUUAAUUACAACUGUUGGGGGGACAUUUAUCUGUCAAAGAAUAUAUUUCUGACGGCUCCGAUGUAUAUGAGAAUGAAUUGACUUCUUCUGAAGUCAAAUCUCAGCCACGCGUCGGUAUUGGUUUUUGCUUUAAAUAUGUUUCUUGUUCGCCAGCCCCUCCCCCUCCACCCAAAAGAAGGUUCCUUUA